AUGGCCGAAGCUUUCCCAGAUACGUUGAUUAUCGUUGGCGCAGGGGUCUUUGGCUUGUCGACCGCCCUGGCCGUCGCCCAUCGCCACCCCUCGACCAGAGUGACUGUCAUUGAUCGCCUCGUACCGCCGGUCGAAGAUGGCGCCAGCGUCGACACCACCAGGUGUAUACGAGCUGACUAUGCCGAUCCUGUUUACUCUCAGCUUGCUGAGGAAGCCCAGCAGAAGAUUGAAGAGGAUCCAGAGCUCAGCCCGUAUUACUUCAAGCAAGGCAUGACAUUCGUGACCGAUGGCAAGCCCGGACCACUGCUCGAGAACUGGAAGCAGUGUAUGGUCAAUAUUCGAAAACGAGAUGGCGACAGUGUGCUGGUGGAGAUGUCUACACCUGAAGCCAUCUAUCAACGUAUUCACGGUCCUGGGGCACAACUCGUACCAGAAGCGCGCUUGAACGGCUGCCGGGAGUGGAACGUAGGUUAUUGUAACCUCAAGGAUGCUUGGGUGGACGCGAAAGAAUUCACUCGCGUUUACUACGAGCGCUGCUUGUCCCAUCCGUCCAUUUCUUUCCGGUGCGGAGUCGCCGUGGAAAAGGUGUGCGUCGCAAAUGGGAAAACAUCUGGUGUUGUUUUGGAGAAUGGCCAAGUAUUGAAUGCACCGUUGGUAUUGGUCGCAGCUGGUGCUUGGUCGAACAAGUUGGUAUACCUGGACGAUGUGACCGUGUCCGCCGGUAUUCCCGUGGCAUGGAUCAAAGUGACCGACGAGGAGACUGCCAAAUGGAAGAAUAUGUCAAUCACGACCAAUCUCAGCACCGGCUUGAACCUUUUCCCGCCCUACAAAGGCGAGAUGAAGUGCCUCCUCCGGACGCUCCCAUUUCGAAAUACAGUUUCUAUCCCUCAUCCGGAGCAUCCGUCUAAGAAGAUCAAGACGUCGCUUCCUCGAACUGUCGUCACCAACCCUACCGAUGUGAUACCGUUGGAAGUAGAAGCCGGCAUCCGCGAUAACCUGCGUGAACUCAUGCCAGAACUGGCUGACCGACCGUUUGAUCGAAGCAAGAUCUGUUGGGUUUCCAAAACCAAGUCUACCGAUUUCAUUAUUGCGCCACACCCAGCCAUCAAGGGUCUCCAUAUCGCCACCGGUGAUUCAGGGCACGGAUUCAAGUUUCUUACCGUCAUUGGUGAUCUGAUCCUGGACUCUCUCCAAGGCAAACUGGACAAGAAAUACGCCGAUCGAUGGGCGUGGGCUGACAAGGAGAGCGUCGGAAGUGCAUCCUUCAUGGGCGAGACCCUUCGAGAACUCCAGACAGUCGUCCGCAGUCGGCUAUGA